UGUGUCCCCAUAUGGACACACGUGUCCCCGCCGUGUUCCCUACAAAAAAAUCAUAAAUUAGAAGGUGUGUCCCGUACCUGUCCCCGGCGUGUCCCUGUGUUGGACACCACUACGGUACUGAUUUUUGGAGGGUCCAUGCUUCAUAGUCAUCUGGUGGUGUGGUGGAAACAAUCAUUUUAUUGAUUUAUCUCCUGGGACAUUCGAUGACCCACUUUUAUUGUUUACUGUUUAGUGGGAGAAAGAAAGAUUGACUCUUCAAGUCUUGGUUAACAAUCCAUGUUCUGUUGUCUUCCACAUCCUACGUGCAUGAAUCCUCCUUUAUGAUAGAUACUUGUUUGAAACGUAAAUGCUCUGAUGCCAUUGAACUUUAAAUGCAACGGUAUUAUUCAGAUUUGUUUGAUAGGUGUUGAUUUGCUUAAACAUCAUAUGAAUUGACAGGGAACAAUCAAUUUUUGAGUGCAUGAUUGGCAAUCUAUUUGAAGAAUACAAAUUUUUCCCCAAGUACCCUGAGAGGCAGCUCAAAAUUGCCGCAGUUCUCUUUGGUUCUCUCAUCAAGCAUCAGCUUGUAACUCAUCUCACCCUUGGUAUUGCCCUCCGAGGUGUUCUGGAUUCACUGCGUAAACCUGCAGAUUCCAAAAUGUUUGUGUUUGGGACCAAAGCUCUGGAACAGUUUGUGGACGUUUGAUUGAGUGGCCACAGUAUUGCAAUCAUAUCUUACAAAUAUCUCAUCUGCGUGGUACUCAUUCUGAGCUUGUUGCAUUCAUUGAACGGGCACUUUCCAGGAUUUCAGCAGGUCACGCAGAGUCAGAUGGAGCACACGGUGAGAUAUGGGUGAAGGCGAAGAUGCCGGCGGCGGAGAACGUGAACAAGUUGAAGAUGAGUUUGAUGAAGGGCUCUGAUGAAACCACAGAGAGAGAGAAUUGUAUGUGUGCUGUCUGUGGUUUGUGCACUCAGCAGGUUGAAGAAAGGAAAUUUAAAGGUAU